AUGGAAGCCAUGGAACGGAGAGGAAAGUUGGCGGCGAUCGCUGCUAUCAUAUUCAUCGUGUUUUGGUCGCAAUGUCGAGGAGUGGAAGGUCAGAGGAACAACACGAAGAUGUCGUAUGUGUGCCCCCCGCAGUUCAUCAGGCUGGGACACAGCUGCUACUACUUCAGUGAGAACAAGGCCACUUGGCAGAACGCACUCUUCGCAUGCACGAAGCCACGCCGGCCCCCGCGGUCGCUCGCCAACCGAUCGCAAAGCGCGCGGGUGCCACCCGCCGAGGCUGCGGGUAACCGCGGCCCGCGCGAUUCUACUAGUUGCCCGCCGGUACAACGGGAGCCGCAUACAACCGCGUACUCCGCGGGCGUGACUUACGUGCGUGUGUUCUUAGACAUGUUUGACGAAAAUCGGUUGAGCCGUUUAGAAGUUAUGGGGGGUAUGUCCAUCUUUAUCAACUUGAUGCUGUUGAGGUAA